AUGAGAAGCUCUGCUGCCUGGAGUAGGGUCCUGGAGACCUUCUUGGAGUUCAUCCAGCAACCAUCAUGCAAGGUGGUGCUGGGAACUAUCCUCUUGCUUGGAGGCGGAGGCCUCAUACUGUGGGCUCAGAGGAAGAGGAGAAGGAAAACAACCACUGAGUCUGCACAAGAUGAAUCACCAGACUCCCACAAAGCAAAAGGCAACUGGAUCAAAUCUCACUUUAGCCGUCUUUCUGAUGAGAAGUUGGUCCCCAACAACUGUGUCAGUGUCAACAACAAUGCCCCCCACCCUGGGAGUGGGAAUGGAGAGGCUAACACCACUAUUCGAGUGGAGACCAUUACCACCAAGCAAGGAGAGGAGGGCACGGCUAUGCACCGGGAGUCCUUCACCAGCAGGCAGAAAAUGUGUGGGUCCUCAGUGAUCAAAGAGACCCACAAAGAAUCUGGAAAAUCCUCAUCCACAGAUGAGGCCAUAUGGGCUGCUGUGGCUGCUUGUACCAAGGAGAUUGAUACCAAGGGGCAGCACCUGGCUAACUCCAUGUUGCAGAGAGCCACAGCUUACCAGCACUCAGGCCACCUGGAAUCCAAGGACGUCACCCCAGAGGAGCUAAAGGCCCUCGAGGAGGUGGAGAUGAAGCUGAAAGUGAAUUUCCUCGCCCAUCGGGAAAACACCAUAGCUGGUGCCAACCACACACACACUUUCUGUGGCCACAGUCGCCAUGGCCACAAAAGUCAACAGAGUCAUCUAGCUUACUCGAACCACCAGGGUCAUCCAGGCCAGUCAAGUCACCAAGGUCUUCCAGGUCACCCAAGCCACCAGAACCAUCCAGGCCUCUCAAGUCACCAAUGUCUUCCAGGUCACCCAAGCCACCAGAACUAUCCAGGUCAUCCAAGUCACCAGAGCAGUCCAGGUCACCCAAACCACCAGAACCAUCCAGGUCACUCAAGUCACCUGUGCCAUCCAGGUCACCCAAGCCACCAGAGCCAUAGCAUGUCCAGUCGCAGCCACCAAAUCUGUGACUCUUGAAGCUACCUAACCAUGUACCCCUUCCCCCAGCAGGGCUGGCCCACAUACACAGGCCUGUUUUCCCUCCUUUUGGGAAUUCUUUGGGGUCCGGGGUGAGAUGCUGCUGCC